ACCUCAUUCGCUGAUAUGAGAUCGUAUGCAAUAUAUCUUGUUUUACUCACUUCCAUUGUUGCCAUCGAUGGACAGGAUACAAAUGCUACCACAACCGAGAAAACAGCCAACGCGAGUACUUCACUUCCAACUACUACCACAACCGAGAAAACAGCCAGCGCGAGUACUUCACUUCCAAGUACUGCCACAACCGAGAAAACAGCCAACGCGAGUACCUCACUUCCAAGUACUGCCACAAUCGAGGAAACAGCCAACGCGAGAGCCAACGCGAGUACUUCACUUCCAGCUGCUAUCACAAAUGAGAAACCAGCCAGCGAGAGUACUUCAUUUCCAGCUACUACCACAACCGAGAAAACAGCCAGCGCGAGUACUUCACUUCCAAGUACUGCCUCAACCGAGAAACCAGCCAGCGGGAGUGCUUCACUUCCAAGUGCUGCCACAACCGAGAAAACAGCCAACGCGAGUACUUCACUUCCAAGUACUGCCACAAUCGAGGAAACAGCCAACGCGAGUACUUCACUUCCAGCUGCUAUCACAAAUGAGAAACCAGCCAGCGAGAGUACUUCAUUUCCAGCUACUACCACAACCGAAACAGCCAGCGCGAGUACUUCACUCCCACGUGCUGCCACAACCAAGAAAACAGUCAGCGCGAGUACUUCACUUACAACUGCUACCACAACCGAGAAACCAGCCAGUGCUAGUACUUUACUGACCUUUAUAAUAGCUCUUCAAGUACUGAUUGCUUCCUUGAUCUUGUAGUCUCUGCUCUUAACUACACCUGUGUACGUUCAUAUUGUGCGAAAAGAACGUUGAUUUUCUUGAAACGUACCAUAUUUGCCAAGUAAUGCUUUGAAUGAUUGCUUUUAUUCGAGAAUAAUUUGUUUGAGACAUAUGAUAUG